ACGCCUUCGAUGAGCUCCAGUUGUCUUUUACGUUCUUUAACUUACACCUUUUCCCACUCAAAUACCAAAUACAAGGCAUUGAACCAGGCGACGAACCGUUGAUAACAUCGGAACUAUCAAAAGCUUAGGCAUCGAUAGCGACUAGUCCACGGACACGAAUGAGAAGUUGGAUGGAGGAUAUUUUCUUUCAGUGUGUUCAUUCUGGUUCGCCAUGGUCUUGUCUUACCUUUGUCUUGUUCACUUUCUCCUUGAACCAUUCAGCCCCAGCACUCAGCAGUACAAUCUCUCAUGACCGUACGCAGGCUUCAGAGCUACUCUACAUCUUCGGUCCCAAAUGCACCGAAGAAGAUUCGCUCGGUACAGUCCAGAUUAUUCUGGCCUACCUGAGCUUGCUUGGAUGCGAAUUCAAUAUCACCUUUGAAGAGGAAUUUCACAUCAACGUUAUCACCACCACUGCCACCAUCACAACUACCACCGUUAUAACCAUCUGAGGUGUUCAAGUUGGAAGAAGCAAUCAUGUGUCAUACUUGAGUAUUUGUAACUAUAUCUCUGAGCAAAAGUAUAAUCAUUGUUGUUGAUCAA